UUGUCUCGUUGUUGCAGGUUAGCGGAUGAAGUUGUUGUAUCAACCACGAGUGAUUCAUGUGAAAAGUCUCUUGCUCGUUGCUUUGCAGCAUACGGGGUCCAGAACCCUUCAAAGGAAGUAGUUCCUCUAGCAGAUCGUGAAGAAGUUUUGGCAAGAGUUGUUUCUCAUAUUCCUCGUAGUAUGCAUCCUUAUUAUACGGUAUCUACCCUGAAAGAAUUAGAGGGAGUGGAAGAGUUGGUGGCGGCCUGUUCUAGCAGUCUGACUGACUACAAGAUUCGAAUGAUCGAUGUCGAAAACGCUGUCAGAAAAAGAACAGCGGCAGUUCAGCAUGAUAAAGAAUGA